AUGGCUACCGGUACAGGCUCUACCAGAACGCUCGCUGCUUCGACGGCCGCUGCGUCUCUACAUGGCAUGGCCCAGCUGCGUCCACCACCGGCGUUUGACUUUGACAAGCCCAGCUCCUGGCCCACAUGGCUGCUGCAGUACGAGGACUACUCGUUCGCCACUGGACUUUACGCCGCUCCGACGGAGGUCCAGGUGCGCUCUAUGCUCUACUGCAUGGGCCCACAAGCCAGGGUGGUCCUCGCGUCCACCACGCUGGGAGAUGCGGACCUGAAGGACGUCGUCACCGUAAAGAAGGCGUUCAACGACCACUUCGUCCACCCACCGAAUGAGCUGUACGAGUCUGCUCGUUUUCACCGCCGUACGCAGCAGCCGGGUGAGUCGGCCGACGCAUUCUACACUGCGCUUCGGACGAUGGUCAAGCGUUGCAACUAUUCCUCGCCCGACAUCCAGGAGCGUCUUGUCCGAGACCGUUUCCUCGUGGGCUUGCUUGACCGCAAGCUCUCGGACCAGCUUUGUCGGAACCAGAGAUUGACGUUGCAUGAAGCGCUCACGCACGUUCGCCAGCACGAAGAUGCCGAUAACGAACGCAAGGCUCCUGACUCGGCUGAUUCAUCGACGCUCGCCAUCAACGCCGCUCGCGUUCGCACCAACGUCGCUCGCAUUCGCAAGGAAAAGGCAGCGUCAGCGUCUCCUGAUAGGACAACGCAGCAGCUGUGCCCAUUCUGCGGACGCACAUCGCAUCCUCGCGCCGACUGUCCGGCUCGCAGAGCGUCCUGCAAUUUUUGCCGCAAAAGUGGCCACUUCGAGAACGUGUGCCUUAAGAAGAAACGCGGCAGCAGGAAGCGCACACCGAAACCUUCUGCCAGCUCCAUCGAGCUACAUGCAGUUGCCGGAGAGCGUCCGAACGCGAAGUUCGUCGAAGUACUCGUCGAUGGGUGUCCACUUUCCUUCGAGGUGGACUCUGGCGCCGAAGUUUCUAUCCUACUCUACGUCCUGGCAACCAAGACGGUCCCGCUGCUGGGCUUCCCGGCAAUCCAGGCCUUGGGCGUCUGCACGUUUGUUGACCAAGUCUCGGGGACUCCACAGCCCUCGGGGGACUUUCGUCUCGAUUCCAGCCUCUUCCGAGGACUUGGGUCACUCCCCGAAGCCUACACUAUAAGGCUGCAACCCAACGCUACGCCUUUCUGCUUGAGCGUAUCCCGGCGCCUUCCACUUCCUCUCCGCGACAUCGUCAAGACUGAGCUUGACAAGCUAGAAGCAGAGGGCGUGAUUCGUCGUGUGGACACACCCACGGACUGGUGUGCUGGACUGGUUGUCGUCCCCAAGGUCUCGGGCGGUUAUCGGCUUUGCGUGGACUUGACGCGCCUCAACAAGGUGAUUCCCCGAGAGCGUCACGUGCUUCCAACUGUGGAACAAUGCCUCGGAUUGCUCGGAGAAGCCACAGUUUUCUCCAAGCUAGACGCGACGUCGAGCUUCCACCAAGUCAAGCUGUCCCCGGAGUUGCAAGAAUACACCACGUUCAUAACCCCGUUUGGCCGCUACUGCUUCAUCCGACUGCCGUUUGGGAUCGCGUCUGCACCGGAGUACUUCCAGCGGCAGAUGUCCGGAUCCUCGAAGGCCAAGCGGGUGUGGUAA